AAAUGAAGUGGGAGUCACAGCCAGUGCAAUUUGUUCUCUGCUUUAUUUACAGGAGCCAAGCAAUAAGCGGGUUCGACCUUUAGCACGGGUCACAUCCCUGGCGAACUUGAUCUCUCCUGUAAGAAAUGGUGCAGUUCGGCGCUUUGGGCAGACAAUACAGUCAUUUGCCCUUCGCAGUGACAGCAAGUCUCCUGGCUGUCCCCAGAAGUCAUGUAGCAGAUCUGCUGCUCCUACUCCUCCUAAAAGAAGAAACAGCGUACUUUGGUCUGAGAUGUUAGAUGUCAACAUGAAAGAGUCCCUGAGCACCAAAGAAAUUAAGCGCCAGGAGGCAAUAUAUGAAAUGUCCAGGGGAGAGCAGGACCUAAUUGAAGACCUGAAGCUUGCCAGAAAGGCGUAUCAUGAUCCCAUGCUGAAACUCUCUAUCAUGUCCGAGGAGGAACUCACCCACAUAUUUGGGGACUUGGAUUCUUAUAUUCCUCUGCAUGAAGACUUGUUGGCAAGUUUAGGAGAAGCAACAAAACCAGAUGGAACCGUGGAGCAGAUUGGGCCCAUUCUUGUGAAGUGGUUACCACGACUCCAUGCCUACAAAGGUUACUGUAGCAAUCAGCUGGCAGCCAAAGCACUUCUGGAUCAGAAGAAGCAGGACCGGAGAGUGCAGGACUUCCUUCAGCGCUGCCUUGAGUCUCCUUUCAGCCGCAAGCUAGACCUUUGGAGCUUCUUGGACAUUCCUCGAAGUCGGCUGGUCAAAUACCCGCUGCUCCUAAAAGAGAUCCUGAGGCACACUCCCAAAGACCACCCUGAUAUCCAGAUUCUGGAAGAAGCCAUAUCUAUAAUCCAAGGAGUCCUCUCUGAUAUCAACCUGAAGAAGGGGGAGUCAGAGUGCCAGUAUUACAUUGACAAGCUGGAGUACCUGGAUGAGAAGCAGAAGGACCCGAGGAUUGAAGGCAGCAAAGCUUUACUGUGCCAUGGGGAACUGAAGAAUAAGAAUGGACAUAAACUCUACGUCUUCCUCUUCCAAGACAUCCUGGUUUUGACCCGGCCGGUCACUCGCAAUGAGCGUCAGGCCUACCAGGUGUACAGGCAGCCGAUCCCUGUCCAGGAGCUGCUCCUCGAAGACCUGCAGGAUGGCGAUGUGAAAAUGGGAGGAUCCUUCCGAGGAGCUUUUGGCAAUUCCGAUAAAGCUAAAAAUAUCUUCCGAGUUCGUUUCCAAGAUCCCUCCCCAGGCCAGUCUCACACGCUGCAGGCCAAUGACGUCUUCCACAAGCAGCAAUGGGUUAAUUGCAUCCGAACCGCCAUUGCUCCCUUCCAGCGGACUGCUGCCGCAGCAGAGCUGAAGGAGCUGCCAGAGCUGAGCGAAGAGUCGGAGGAGAACAACCCCUCCGCAUCCAACAUCAAAGCCCAGAAGAGGCAGUCUGCCAUGUCUGGCAUAACCGAGAUGGAGCUAGACGAAAGCACGUCCGAGUGUGGCUCCAUCCUGGACUCGGAGGAAGCCAAGGGCGUGAAAACACACAGAACACCGUCUGGGCACAGAAAAACGAGGGAGAAGCAGCUAAGUGGCAAGCAGAAAGAAACGCUAGUGUAAAGAGGAGCGCAGCGAUGUCCUGAUGGAAGACUGUUUAUUUAUAAAUAAUGUGUACAUUUUUCUUGUAAUGUGAGCAUGAUUGGAUUCACUCUACUGAACAGAAUAUUUUUUUGGUUUUUAUGUUGUAAUGGCAGCUACUGGUAUGCAGUUAACACUGUUGAACUGGAGUCUGUUUUUACGAACAUGGCCACUUUGAAC